AUGGAUUUUGAGAGUGAUACUAAAUUAAAUGAGGAUCAAAUUAUUCAAGAAGGUGGAAUGGAAUCCAAGCAUGAAAAAUGCAUAGUCCAGACUCAAAAUGGAUGGAUUUGUGGAUACAUUGAUAAAAGAGAUGAAGGGACAUAUUACAAAUUCAAAAGUAUACCUUAUGCGGAACCACCUGUUGGAAAUCUAAGGUUUAUGCCUCCCAAAUGUCUAAAACCUUGGAAAAAUAUACUAGAUUGCACAAAAGAUGCACCAUUACCACUAUCACUCUUUGUUAAUCUAGAUGUGUUUGGUUCUGAAGAUUGUCUUUAUAUUGAAGUAUCCUCCCCAAACAUUAAACCUGACGAACCACUUCCUGUCAUGUUUUGGAUUGGAAGCUGCAACUUUGUUUUUUAUAUAGAUUCAAUUCUUGACCCAACUCAUUUAAAUAAUCAGGGAAUAGUUUUCGUAAGAUGUGGAUUUAGAUUGGGACCCUUUGGAUUUCUAUCAAUAAACGAUUUUUCUGCACCAGGAAAUGUUGGAUUAAAGGAUAUCAUAUUAGCGUUAAAGUGGGUUCAAGCUAACAUAAGUAACUUUGGUGGUGAUCCUAACAAUGUAACUGCAUUUGGAAGUGGUACGGGAGGUACGAUUGUACAUCUUAUGACUUUAUCUCCCUUGGCAGUAGGCUUGUUUCAUAAAGCCAUUGUUCAAAGUUCUAGUGCCCUUAAUGGAUGGUCUCUAGCUAAGAAUCCAGUUGAAACUGCAAUGACCUUAGCAAAACAUCUGGGUAUAAAGAAAACAGACAAAUUUGAAGUUGUUGAAGAAAUGAGAAAGUUAUCAGGCUACAACAUUAUGAAAACCUAUUGCACAUUCUUUUUUGAUAAAUACCGAGUAGAGAAUGAUGUAUUUGAUUCACCAUUCAAACCAUCUAUAGAAAAUGAAUUUGAAGGUCAACCAACAUUUAUAAGCAAAAGUCCAGCUAAAAUACUUAAUUCCGGUAAGUUUAAUAAAGUUCCGAUGAUGAUUGGUACCAACAAUGUGGAAGCUAAGGUGCUACAAUAUAUAAAAGAAGAUUUUUAUAAGGAUUAUAAUAAAUACAAUGAGGAUGUCAAACAUCUGGUUCCUAAAUCAUUAGCAAGUGUAAACAGUGACAGUCUAAGAAAAAUUGGCCAACAAAUAUUAUCAUUCUACUUUGUCGGGGUAGAAAAAGUUAAUGAACAAACCCAAAAACAAUACUUACAGUUUCUCACAGAUUACUAUUUUCAUUAUUACUUGGACAAAACAAUACGAAUACAUAGCAAAGUUUCGCCUGAGUGCCCUAUCUACUAUUAUGUUCUCAAUUACGCUGGGGAAUGGCUGGUGCCUAAAGAAUUAGAAUUUUUUUAA